GUGGGUCCAGCUGUGCUGCAGACAGGAAGUUUAAUGCUGAAUGACGUUUUUUCAGAAACUUGAUUUCAGAUUGUUACCUGUCCCUCUACUUGUUAUUGACCUGUCACUGUUGUCCCCCCCCCCACCCAGGCAGUGACAGGACCUACCACCAGUGGCUGUUCACUGUGAAGAAAGGAGGCGGGGCUAUCUUCAACACGGUGAAGACCAAGGCGAACCCAGCCAUGAAGACCGUGUACAAGUUUGCCAAGGACCACGCAAAGAUGCGCAUCAAGGAAGUCAAGAGCCGGCUAAAGCAGAAGGAGCAGGCAGAAAACGGCUUCUCCACAGUGAGCUCAGCGGUUGCCUAUGACGACACAGCCAGUAGUGCGCUCAGGAAAGAGGGGCCUCUGCAAGCCCUGGACGACCACCGGCCAAUCACUGUGCAUUUUGGACAGGCUCGACCCCCUACGCUGCUGAAGAGACCGAGCAGCAACGUGAGUCUGGAGAGCACCGCGGACCAGUAAGCCUCCCUCAGCCCGCCGGCCACACACUCGCUGUCUAGAGGCCCGUUUGGCCAAUGCAUCCACUGUCAGGCCGUUCCAGCCCAUAAUAGACGGUGUUAACCAGAGAACUAGGAGGACCGGGUGUAAUCUGCAGAAAGUCUGCUUUUAUCAAAUAGAACACAGACAAUACAACCUAUGAAGAUAUGAUGAACAGUGUGUAUUAUACAUUCCUAUUAGACACACUCAAAAUAAAAAAUGUUUUAACCCAUACCAGCAAGAAAAAACCCUCUCUCAGUAGAUAAUAACUUUUGAUGAGAGAAACAGCCAAUAAGCUGGAGGUUCAGCUGCAGUCGCUCUGCAGUCAUGUGACCGAUGACAGGUUACCAUGGUAUUCUUUCUGAUUCAUAAAUGUUUUCUCUCAUUCUAAGUGUAUAAUAAUUACUUCCAUCCAUUUAGUAAGAAGAGUGCUGCUCACAGACAGUUCCACACACAUUGUAAUUUUUUAUAGCUCAGGUCAUUUUAUUAAAGAUUAUCAGAGUAUGCAAGAUAUAGAAAAAAUCCAUCCAAUCAAAGAUAUCCUGAACAUCUACCCAACCACCAGACCAACACUGCUAAAUGAAACUUCAUAUGUUUAUGUUUAGGAGAUUGAGAUGCAGAAUAAAGCAAAUAAUGAGAAAUCAAUAAGUACACAGCAGUAUCCAAUGUAAUUGGGGUUACAAGAAAGGUUGCCAAAUGGCAUAAAACCUCAAAAGAGACCCUGCAGAGAGAAUAUAUCUGCUCUGGUUUAAGAUAUUGCAUAACUUCAGACAUUC